CAAACCCAUUUCCCCCCCUGGCCUCUCGCGAGCUCCCCCAAUAGCUUGACCUUAAGACCUUAAGCUUGUAGCGAUCAGCUCCUCCUUGUCGACAUGAAGCUUUUUCAGGUUUUUCCUGACACGAAUCCUGCAUCUAAAACAAAUGGAUCCCCACCCUAUAAGUCGCCUUAGAGCUCGUCCGGAGCUGCUCGCUUUGCUUUCUGAUUCGAACACUUCCUUUGCCUUGAUACGUCAGUCCACCGGUACAGCUUUGGGCCGCAAUCAUCGCGGUGCUGCGAAGGAGUUUUAAAAGCAGUGCUUAUUCGAGAACUUCCCCUCAUCUUUCAUCUUAUCGGCCAUUCAUUUUUUUCGAGAAUCCUGGUGAUAUUCCCAGAAAGCUUUCUCAACCAGCUCUUGCCCACGAUGUCUGGCUUAAUUACCAAAUUUGUAUUCAAUAGAGUCUUCCGCGAGAAUCCGGAUAAUAACCACGGGGCCGACGACCCUUACUUCGAAACUCUUCCCGCUGGCCGUCUUUCUGCUGGAGGGAGAACGAAGAGACGCAAGAAGGCGCUUCCCCCGGGACUCUCCCGCGAAGAUGAGAAAACGCUCAUUAAGGUUAAGAGAAGAGCCUACAGGUUGGACAUGGCAUUGGGUAGCUUCUGUGGCAUGCGAGUUGGAUGGAGUUCUCUCAUAGCAAUUAUCCCGGGUAUUGGUGAUAUUCUUGAUAUGAUGCUUGCUAUGAUGGUCAUCCGUACGGCUUCCCAAGCGAACCUUCCCUCCGGCGUCAGGGCGCACAUGAUGAUCAAUGUGAUCAUUGACUUUGUCAUUGGAUUGAUCCCUUUCCUCGGUGACAUUGUUGAUAUUGGGUUUAAAGCCAAUACCCGCAACGCCAUUGUUUUAGAGAACUUUCUUCGAGAGCGAGGCGCAGAGAACAUCAGGCGGCAGGGACUUCCGCAGCCACCCGAUCCUUCCCUGGGCGAUAAUUAUGAUAGAGACGAGCAACAGGAGGUGAUUAAUCAACGGCUUGGAGCACAGCCUCCAUCAAGCCAUCAAAGAGGUGGAUUCUUAGGCGGGCUUUUCGGAGGUGGUGCUAUAGCGGAUGAUGUUGAGGCUCAACGCGCCUCUGUCCCUGUCCCUUCAUCCUCCAAACAGCGCUCCACGAGGCACGGCUCCAGGCGCGGGUCCACCAAGCAUGGACAGUCAAGGCAUGGUUCAUCUAGACAUGGGUCCUCGAGGUACGGGUCAAGGGGUCACUCGUCAAGAAGCCAUGGAUAGCGUAGGCACCGGGGACGGGAAAGCAGAGCAAUUGUUGGAAUAUCAAGGUGAUAGGUCAUGACAAAUAGAUCCGGUACUUAGGUACUUGACGGAGGUUAUGGGUCGUGGAAAGAUGGGGGCAAAUAUUAGCGGGGGACAAAGCUAGAUCCUUAUCUUUAAUUAAACGGGCCUGUAUUCUCAACUGCUAUGCUAACGAUUUCCUCCACAACAAAUAAAGCUUAGUCGUCAUGA